CAUGCGUAUGAACUGCCGGAAGUCCUCAGCCCUUGGAUAAGGCUCUGGGUAACCCCGCGCGCGGCCCUUUUCCGCCGGAGCCCGCGAGCAGGAGCGGAGGCCUUCCAUAAUGACUGACUGGGAGACAGCCCCUGCUGUGGCAGAGACCCCGGAUAUCAAACUGUUUGGGAAAUGGAGCACAGAUGAUGUUCAGAUCAGUGACAUAUCAUUGCAGGAUUACAUUGCCGUGAAGGAGAAGUAUGCAAAAUAUUUGCCUCACAGUGCUGGGCGAUAUGCCGCCAAGCGUUUCCGCAAAGCCCAGUGCCCCAUUGUGGAGCGCCUCACCAAUUCCAUGAUGAUGCACGGGCGCAACAAUGGCAAGAAGCUCAUGACUGUGCGCAUCAUCAAGCAUGCCUUCGAAAUCAUCCAUCUGCUGACAGGAGAGAACCCCCUGCAGGUCCUGGUGAAUGCCAUCAUCAACAGUGGCCCCCGUGAAGACUCCACCCGUAUUGGCCGAGCUGGCACAGUGAGGAGACAGGCUGUUGAUGUGUCACCACUGCGCCGUGUCAAUCAGGCAAUCUGGUUGCUCUGCACUGGCGCACGUGAAGCUGCCUUCCGUAACAUUAAGACCAUAGCCGAGUGCCUAGCGGAUGAGCUGAUCAACGCAGCUAAGGGUUCUUCUAACUCCUAUGCCAUCAAGAAGAAGGACGAGUUGGAGCGUGUGGCCAAGUCAAACCGUUAAGAGCGGCUGCUGGAAGUUCAAAACAAAUAAAUAGUUGUUUUCAUACUG